AUGGCUACCCCUAGUGUCCUCGCUUUUGACGCUAAGGGUCGGGCCAUUGACUUUGACGUCUGGAUAGAUGACCUGCAGCUUCAACUACAGUGCGAUAGGGCAGAAGGUCUCUCCCUCUUUGACCUCACCUCUGGUGCCUCUCCUGCCCCUGCUGCUGAUGCUGACACCGCUGUUCGCUCACAGUGGGCCACACGCGAUGCUGCUGCACGUCUUGCUGUGCGUCGCCACCUGCCUACCUCUGAGCGUGCGCACUUUAGUCAGUACAAGAGUACUCAGACCUUGUACGACGCUGUAGUUGCACGCUACUCCUCCCCUGCCACUGCUGCACUGAGCCGCCUCAUGCUACCGUACCUCUUCCCUGACCUUGCUGCCUUUCCCACAGUCGCUGACCUCAUUACGCACCUCCGCACUAGUGACACUUGCUACCGCGCCGCGCUUCCUGCUGAGUUCUGCGCCAAGAACCCCCCCCCCCCCCCCCCCAUGUAUAUCACCCUCUACUACAUAGUCACCCGGCUCCCUGACUCCCUUCGCGUAGUCAGGGACCACUUCCUCGCAAUGUGCCCCACCACUCUCACCGUUGACCUCCUCGAGAAGGCCCUCCUAGCAGCGGAGAAGAGCAUAGUCGCUGUAGGAGCCUCUCGUGGUGACCCCCGCACACCCGUCUUUGAGGGGUGUUCUCCCUCCCCCCUCUUGCCCUCUGUUGCUUCUACUGCUGCGGCCGGCCUUCGGGGUGGGGGUAUUGGUCCGUGCACCUACGUCCUGCGCACUGGCGACCGUGCGGGUGAGCAGUGUGGGGGUGCGCACCCCACCCAGCGCUGCUUUGGCCGCCUGACGGACGCGUGGCGUCACCAGUUCUCUGAGGCCACAGAGAUCCCUCGCUGGGGCGAGCUGUCUAGGGCGGGGGUUGAUAUCUUUGACCUUGACUUUGAUGCUAUUCUUGUUGAUAUGUAUGCUGUGACUAUUAGUGAUGAGGGUGACUGUUACCGGUGUUUUCCGCCCGACCCGGGCAUUGAGACUGCUGCUCUAGGUGCUGGUGAGGCUGCUGCUCUUGGUGCUAGCAAGGCUGCUGCUCUAGGUGCUAGUGCGUCUGCUUCCUCAGGUACUGGUGAGUCUGCUUUCUCAGGUACUGCGUCGGCUUCGGCCUCCCUCACCUUCACCCUUGACUCUGGGGCUUCUCGCUCCUUCUUUCGUGACCGCACUACAUUCACGCCGCUUGGUCGGCCAGUUGCAGUCUCUCUGGCAGACCCCUCUGGGGGUCCUGUCCUUGCUCACUUCUCCACUGUCCUCCCGUGUCCGGGGGCUCCCUCAAGCACCCUGUCUGGUCUUUACCUCCCCUCGUUCUCUACGAAAUUGGUGAGUGGUGCUGACCUACAGGAUGGGGGAGUGCACCAGUUCACUCCUGCGAGCCAGCGGGUGACUCACUGUACUGAGGCUCCGUCGUGA